AUGACGCGACCGCCUGUGAGGCUGGUCGGCCAGUUGGCCCGCUCAGCCACGCGCCACUCGAUACAGGGGACCCAACACCGCGUCCCUUCUUCCACUGCUGCUGCUGCUGCCUCUAAGGGACCGUCUUCAUGUCCGCGACGCUUCAACUUUUCCACGCAGUCUGCCAGGCGAACGGAGCAACGAACGCACAAUGGCGGCGGCGCUGGCGGCGGCCAAGGCCCCAAAUCUGAUGAGCCGUCGAUAGGGUACAAGAUGCUCGAGUCGGCUGCCACCACUCUUGCCUCAGUCGUCAUCCUCGGCGCGGGCUUCUCCUUCGCCGCCUACGCGUACCACAAGGGCUACAAGUUGCUGGUCUUGAAGAAGAUGACGCGCGCGUUUGAGCCGGGCGACCCCGUGCUAGAGAUGGCCGCCGCCGGCAAGGGCCUGCCCGUCGGGGAGGACGAUGACCACUGGGUGGUGCGUCCCGAGCAGGCCACGGUCGAGGCUAUCGUGUCCGGUGAACUCACCGGCCACUACUUCCUGAUCAUGGGCGAGAAGGGCUCGGGCAAGAGCAGCAUGCUGAUCGAGGGCAUGCGCAAGAUUGACGGCGACGCCGUCGCCAUGUUCGAGGCCCACCCGGACCUGGAAAUCUUCCGCCAGCGCCUGGGCAAGGCCCUCGACUACGAGUACCACGAAGACUACAUUGGCGGCUACUUCAGCGAGAGGGGUCCCCGCGAGUCGACGGCGCUCCUCGACAUCGAGAGGGCCCUCAACAAGCUGGAGAAGGUGGCCAUGAGCAUGCGCGUCAAGCGCGGCAAGCCCCUCGUCGUCAUCAUCAACCAGAUGCACCUCCUGCGCAAGGAGGACGAGGACGGGCGCGACCUCCUCGCUCUCCUGCAGCAGCGCGCGGAGCAGUGGGCCGCCGCCAAUCUCGUCACCAUGGUCUUCAACUCGGACGACUACUGGGUCUUUGAGCGGCUCAAGCAGCUGGCCACGCGCAUGGAGGUCAUCCACGUCACCGACCUGCCCAAGAGCGAGGCCAUCUCCGCCCUGUCCAAGUACCGCUCGCGCUACUUCAACGAGAACCUGUCGUCCGACAUGCUCGAGGAGAUUUACGCACGCGUCGGCGGCCGGGUUAGCUUCCUGAACCGUGUCGCCAAGAGCCGCGACAUGCUUGCCACGUGCGAAGCCAUCAAGGAUAUCGAGAAGCGUUGGUUCCUCAACCAGUGCUGGAUUCUGGGGAUGGAGAUGGACGACGAUGUCAUGGACCAGCAGAAGUGGGCCUCGGCCGCCAUGGUUCUGGUCAGGGCCCUCGUCAACAAGGGCGAGGACGAAAAGACGGAGACGUACAACGACGAGGUCGGCCACGUCCUCCCCACCUACCCCUUCCACAUUGCCCAAGAGAUCAUGACGCGCUGUGACUUCAUCCGCGACCUCGACAGCCUCAACCUCAUCACCAUCACCAACGACGCCCAGGUGCGCGCCAGCAACGUACCCAUGUAUCGCGCCUGGAAGGAGAUCUGCGCCAUCGACGGUUUCGACGCCAAGCUGGAGGACACGCUGCAGAGGAUCGCGGACAUUGAGAGUCUCGGCCGCACCAGGGAGUUGGUGGCCAAGGAUCUCGUCAUGGGAGGCCAGUAUGACAUUGAUCUGAAUCGCGGGCGAACCGUUGUCAAAUUGAAUAAGAAUGAGAAGGAGGACGACGACAAAUAA